AUGUCCCCCACCAUCACUCCUGCGCCUCCUCCCGCCUUCCAGCGUCUGCCUUCGUCCGCCGUCCCGCAAAAGUACCACAUCAACUACGAGCGCAUCGACCUGCUCAACUUCCGCUUCGAAGGCUCCGAGCGCGUCCUCGUGCACGUGACUGAGUCGACGUCCGUCCUCACGUGUCACGCCGUCGAGCUCCACGUCUUCCACGUGUUCGUCGAUGACGUCGCCUCGCCGUGGCGCACCCAAGAAGCGACCGCGAUCCACUCCAACCGCCUCGACGACACGAUCGCGUUCCACUUUGCCGAGCCGCUGCGUGCCCACGCGUCCGUCACGCUCCGUCUGCAGUUCCGCGGCGUCCUGAACGACCAGUUGCGGGGCUUCUACCGCACCGAGUACGAGGCCAACGGCGAGCAGCGCGCGCUCGCAGUCACGCAGUUUCAAGCGUGUGACGCGCGCCGCGCGUUCGUGUGCUGGGACGAACCGGCUCUAAAAGCCACGUUUGAGAUCUCCAUGGUGACGGACACGGACGUCGUCGCCUUGUCGAACACGCACGUGGUCGAGACGGUCACGCGGCCACGGGCGAACGCGCAUCUCUGGCACGAGACGCGCGCAAAGGACGAAGUAGAUGGGACCCUGGAGAAAGUCUGGACGUUUGCCGAAACGCCCGUCAUGUCGACGUACUUGGUCGCGAUGGUUGUCGGUGAAUUUGACGUGCUCUCGGACGUGACGAACGAAGGCGUGACGGUGAGCGUCUACACGGCGCCUGGACAGAGCGCGCGUGGCUCGUUCGCGCUGGACGUUGCCGUCAAGGCCUUGUCGUUCUUUACCGAGAGCUUUAAGAUCCCGUAUCCGUUACAGAAACUCGAUAUGGUGGCAAUCCCGGACUUUCUAGGAGCGAUGGAGAACUGGGGACUCGUGACGUAUACGGAAACGUAUUUGUUGGUGGACCCGAAGCUCAGCAGUCACGAGAUCAAAGCUGAUGCAACGCGUGCGAUCUGUCACGAACUGUCGCACCAGUGGUUUGGCAAUUUAGUGACAAUGACUUGGUGGACAGGGCUGUGGCUGAAUGAAGGAUUCGCUCAGUUUAUGGAGUUUGACGCGGCUGAUCACCUUUUCCCGCAAUGGAAGUUGUGGGAGACGUUUGUGCAAGACAUUACGCUCCGAUCGGCCUUUGUGAAGGAUGCGAUGGUGUCGUCACACCCGAUUGAGGUGGUGGUGAAUCAUCCGGAUGAAGCUGAUGAGAUCUUCGAUGCGAUCUCGUAUAAUAAGGGAUCAAGUGUCGUGCGGAUGCUAUCGGAGUAUCUUGGUCGCGAUGUGUUUUACCGUGGCGUGCACGACUAUCUGUUGAAGUACAGCUACAAAAACGCUGUGACAGAAAAUCUGUGGGAAGCGCUGGAAACGACGUCUGGCCAAAAGUUGAAAAGCAUGGCGGAUACGUGGACGAAGCAGGUCGGCUUUCCGUUAGUGACAUUAUCGCAACACGACGACGGCAAAUGCACACUAGUUCAGCAACGGUUUUUUGCCGAUACGAGCUUAAACAGGACAGACAACACGUUGUGGGAUAUCCCCCUGACUCUUUGUACGUCGGAGGACCCGAGCGCUAUCAAACGCCUUGGGAUUUGGAGUGCGAAAACGUCGUCUCUACACUGCUCGACGACGGUCGAGACACCGUUGGUAGCGGGUGAUGACAUAAAUAGUCAGAUCAACGUACCAGCAGGACCAAAGGGCUGGAUCAAGUUGAACCCGAACCAGACGGGUUUCUACCUCGUGAACUAUUCUCCGGCACUGUGGAAGCGUCUCGAGAUUCCUGUGAAAGAACGGCUACUCGGCGUUCCUGAUCGUGUGAGCCUGUUGAAUUCAGUGUUUGCGUUUGCUCGCUCGGGGGUGCUGAGUCUGCCAGACGCUUUGGACUUUACGAGCGCGUACGUCGACGAGACGGCGUCUUUGUGCUGGAAAGAGAUCUCGCGCAACAUGGGAUAUUACUCCAACUUGUUUAGCGACGAACCGUUUUUCCCAAUGUUUCAACAGUACGUGCGCAAUCUGUUUGCACAGGUUAUGUCGCGAUUGGGUUGGGAUGCUGAUCCAUCGAAACAAGCUGACGCUGACGAGGGCGAGUUCCGCAAAACAGUCAUCUAUUGCUUGGGUCUUGCCGAUGACAAGGAUGUGAUUAAGGAAGCGAAGAGGCGCUUUCACGCAUACAUCGGAGGUGAUUUUACUGCACUUUCGGGCGAUUUGCGUCGUGCCGUGUUUGACAUUGAAGUUACGUCCGGCGAUGCGUCCAGUGCCAAGCUGCUGCAAGAAUUGCACAACAAGAGCGAUUUUGCGGAGGAACGCGACGACUGUCUUGCUACGAUGGGAUCAGUGGCUGAUGCAUCGGCCAAGCUCCAGGUUUUAGAGUGGGCGGUAGAAAAUGUGCGAUCGCAAGGCAUUCAUCACCCCUUCAUCAGCGUGGCAAGCGACAAAGUUGGAGCCGAAGUAGCGUGGCAGUAUGUACAAGACAAGUGGGACUUUCUGGUCAAGAAGUAUUCGGCCACGACCCUAGGGAUGAUUGUGUCUGGAGCCGUCUCUUGGUUUCCAACCGUGGCGAUGGUUGAAGAGGUAGAGGCUUUCAUGGUAGACAAGGACACGUCGGGAUACAAGCGUCGCCUUGAUGUUGCUCUAGAGACAGUACGUCUCAAGAGCGCCACGUUUGGUCGUGACCGCGAACCCCUGGCAAAGUGGCUGGAGAAUCGAGAAGCAAGGUAG